GGCGGGGCGGGGGCGGCGCCUGUUGGGCUGCCGGCGGCCACCGGCGCGAGGGCUCAGCUCGGCGGGGACGGCCGGGAGCCGGGGAGGGCCCGGCAGCCGAGCCCAGAAAAUGAAGCUAAAGGAGAUUGAGCGAACAGCUGUCCAGGCAUGGAGUCCAGCAAACAACCACCCCAUUUAUCUAGCAACAGGAACAUCUGCCCAGCAACUGGAUGCAUCCUUCAGUACAAAUGCCACCUUGGAAAUAUUUGAGGUUGAUUUCCGGGAUCCCUCCCUGGACAUGAAGCAGAAAGGAACACUUCCUGCCUCAAACAGGUUCCAUAAGCUGAUCUGGGGUAACUUUGGAAAUGGGUCCCCAGAGUCCUCUGGAGUGAUCAUUGGCGGAGGUGAUAAUGGGGUACUGACAAUGUACAGUGCACAUCGGAUCUUGGCUUCGAAGAGCGAGCCUGUAAUUGGGCAGACAGAGAAGCAUUCAGGGCCUGUUCGAGCUCUUGACUUUAACCCUUUUCAGAAUAAUCUCUUGGCUUCUGGAGCCAAUGAUUCUGAAAUUUUCAUCUGGGACUUGAAUAACUUCAGUGUGCCUAUGACUCCAGGGGCUAAAUCACAGCCUCAUGAAGACAUCAGUGUGGUGUCCUGGAAUCGACAAGUGCAGCAUAUCCUGUCCUCUGCUCACCCCAGUGGCAAGGCCGUGGUUUGGGACCUCAGAAAGAAUGAGCCUAUCAUCAAAGUCAGUGACCACAGCAACAGAAUGCAUUGCUCAGGAAUGGCCUGGCACCCAGAAGUUGCAACCCAGCUAGUCCUUUCCUCUGAGGACGACCGCUUGCCAGUGAUCCAAAUAUGGGACUUACGUUUUGCUACCUCGCCUCUGAGCCAGCUGGAAGGGCACGCUAGGGGAGUUCUGUCCGUCUCUUGGUGCCAGGCUGACCCUGAAUUGCUGUUGAGCAGUGCCAAAGACAACCGGAUCUUGUGCUGGAACCCCAGUACAGGGGAGGUGGUUUAUGAGUUACCUAUUCAGAGUCAGUGGUGCUUUGAUGUCCAGUGGUGUCCUAGGAAUCCUUCAAUCUUCUCUGCUGCCACUUUUGAUGGAUGGAUCAACAUUUAUUCUGUUAUGGGUGGGAGCUUAGAAGCUCAGCAGAAGACACAGGCUGACAAGAUCUCUUCCUCCUUCAACAACCUGGAUCCCUUUGGCACAGGACAGAUCCUUCCUCCUUUGCAGGUGCCUGAGCAAGUAGCUCAGACCACUUUGAUUCCACCAUUAAAAAAGCCACCAAAGUGGAUUCGCAGACCUGUGGGCGUUUCAUUUGCAUUUGGAGGAAAACUGAUUACCUUUGGUCUUACCAAAGCUCCUGGGCAGCAAAUGCAGCAGACUUACCCACACCAGGUUUUCAUCAGUCAAGUCACUACUGAAACUGAAUUCCUGCUCCGAUCCAGAGAACUGCAGAUGGCUCUGCAGUCAGGAAAUCUCCUUGAUUACUGCAAGGGCAAGAUCCAGACAGCCAAGUUGCAGUUUGAUGAGAACCUAUGGAACUUCUUGAAGGUGAACCUGGAGCAGGAAUCCAGGACUAAACUCCUCAAGCUGCUGGGCUACAGUAAAGAGGAUCUGCAAAAAAAGAUCGCCUCAUGUUUGAGCAAUGGGAUCCCAGAAAAACAGCCCCUUCCUGAGGCCGAUGAGGCAAACACUGCACAGUCAGAUCAGCUUUUGAUAAAUACCAGUGAUGAUGUAGCUGCUGUUUCCUCCUCUUCAGCCUUUUUUGACAACCUCAUCCCACAGAAUAUGAGCGCAUUGGAGAUUCCUGUCACAGAAGAUACAGAUGGACUCAUCAGCCAAGCUCUGUUGUUGGGGAACUUUGAGGGUGCGGUGGAGCUGUGCAUGCGGGCAGAGCGCUUUGCUGACGCAAUCAUCUUAGCUAUAGCUGGUGGGGAGAACCUCCUAAAGGAGACCCAGAAGCGCUAUUUUGCCAAGCGGAAGACAAAACUCUCCCUGCUGCUGUCCUCCAUUGUGCAGCAGAAGUGGCAAGAUAUCGUUUGCACGUGUGAUCUACAGAGCUGGAAGGAGGCACUGGCCAUCUUGUUAACAUACGCAAAGCAUGAGGACUAUACCCAGCUCUGUGACAUGCUGGGUGCCCGCCUAGAGUCAGAGGGAGAUGCAGCCCUGUCCAAUGAUGCCUGCCUCUGCUAUAUCUCAUCAGGAAAUGUGGAGAGGUUGGUGGAAUGCUGGGUAAAAAACCAUGAGACUUCGUCACCCCUUGCCCUGCAGGAUCUCGUGGAGAAGGUGAUGGUGCUGAGCAGGUCCAUUGAGAUGCUCCGAGGCACAGCAGGACCAGCGCCAGGCCCUGUCUUGGCAGAGCGAAUCACUCAGUAUGCCAGUCUUCUGGCAUCACAAGGAUGCUUGGCAGCCGCAAUGGAUUACCUACCCAACAGCUCUAAAGAGCUCCUGAUCGAACAGCUCCGAGACCGUCUCUUCCACGCUCAAGGAGGGAAUGUGGGUGAUCAGCAGCCACCCCCCUUCCCCUACACUCGUGUCAAUGUAGGUGUCAUUAAACAAACAUCUCCAGCAGCCAAGAGGGGUUCCACCCCUGAAGGAGUGGCCCGCAAAACAGGUCCCAAACAUCCAGAGAAGCCCAGCUAUCAGUCACUUACCCCUUCGGCACCUCCUCAGCCUUCAGUGCCUUCCCUCUUCGCGCCUCAGCCAGUGCCAGCGUUGUCCGUGACACCUCAUCAUGCUGCCGCCCCCCAGGCCAGCGCUGGUCUGCAAACAGGAGUCUAUUCCAGAGGGCCCCCGUACCCACAGUACAACUUGGGCAUGGUUCCAGCGACAGCUUCAGGGCCAGCUCUGUCACAGUCUCCGCCAUACAGCCCAGCGGCAGCCAGACCUGGUGGUCCUGUUUCCUUCCCCAGCCAGCCUCCUCUGUCAGGACAGUCCAUGCCCAUGACACCUCCUGGUGUUCUACCACCUGGACCUGCCCUCUUCACUCCAGCCUCAGUCCCAUCGUCUCAGCUUCCUGCAGCUUCUCCUUUCCCUGCGGCAAGCCAGUCUCCUCUAGGUUUCUCUUCAGCACCGUUCAGCUGCCCCAUGAACAUGGGUUACCCUCAGGGUGGUCCUGGAGCUCCAUCUACUAAGCCCCUGCCAGCAGCCAGCCUUCCUCCUCCUCCCACAGCUCAGGAAUCUUGGACCGAUCCAUCUGUAAGAGGAGGCCUUCAGAAGAAAAAGUUGCCUGAGAAAUUUACUCCUCCAGCCCCCAUCACAGCUCCAGUAAUGAGCCUUCCCACCGAGCCCCAAGGGAUCCAUCCUUCGCUCUCCAGGUUGCAGGAAUCUGGCCAGUCACCUCCAGGAGCACCGAAGGAAGGCAGCCUGCAGUAUCACCAGCUACCUGCGGAGAGAGUUGAGAAGAAGGAGUUGCCUCCUGAGCACCAGGGACUGAAGACCACCUUUGAAGGGCUGGUGCAACGCUGCUCUGCUGUUGCCACUGAUCCAAAAACUCGAAGAAAGCUGGAGGAUGCAUUGCAGCGGCUGGAGACUUUGUACGAGAAGCUCCGCGAGCAGGCGCUCUCUCCAACCAUCCUCAUGGGUCUCCAUGAGAUUGCCCACUGCAUUGAAGCUAGGAACUACCAACAGGGUCUCCUGGUUCACACCCAGGUGGUGAGCAGCAGCAGUUUCAGUGAGGUGUCUGGUUUCAUGCCCAUCCUGAAAGUCCUCAUGACCAUUGCUGGCAAGCUGAAUGUAUAAGGUGCGGAGCAGCUGGUGCAGUGCACAAUGAGAGCUGGUGGACUCCCUCACCUGUCGAUGUGCUGCAGGUUGUGGACUCUCCUUCUGACUCUGGAGAAAUAAGUCUGUGCCAGCGCCUGGAACUGUGCUGAGCCAGCAUGCCUGGCCCCAUUUGCUCUCCAGACAGCCCACUGGACUGUGGGUCUCCUGGAGGCUGUUCUCUCCCUGCUAUUCCCCCAAAGCUACUUUCCAACCCAGGGCUCUCAAUUUCAGGUUUUCCAGGUUACACAGAUUCCCCCCAGAACUGCUCUGUGUAGUCUCCUCUUCCCUGUUCCCCCAGCACAAAGGGGAAACUUCCUCCUUCCCAGGUUGGCGCUGCUUUUCAAUAAGAAACAAACAGGGCUGGCAACCUCGGGCUCUAUUCCCUGCUGCCUCAGUGACAGCUGGGCUCCCUUGGGACCUAAGCUGUGGUGUCCCUGCUCCAUUGGGCUGCAGUCAGGAUCUCUCCUCUGGUUCCUCCUUUAACUUCAUUCUAAUCUUUGACUUACCUCUUGCCCCUCUGUUCCCAUACCUGCUACAACUACGGCUUACUACAAGCCUGCUCUGGGCUAGCUUUGGUUCUCUCUUUCUUCUUCACCCAGCCCUCUCUUCUAGAGGGUAAACAGGAAACCCAACUGUCCCCACACUAUCCAGUAUCCCUUUUCCCCCCAUAAGCUGUAGGCUUGAGCCUUUGUUUCAGACCCAGGACUGGUUUCACCCUUCCAGCUCCUGGGACUCCCAUUCAGGAAUGCUGACAAGUUGGGCUGCUCUGUGUGCUCCUCCCCUGAGCCAGCAGCAUUGUGUGUCUGGGCUAAAAGCUGCGCUGGCUGGCUGGCCUUUUUCACUUCCUUUAUGCUGGCACGGUUGGCUUGUUGCCAGCUGGUGUUAUCUAAAGGCUUCCUACAUUGGGAUUUCUGGGCAGUCUAAGGGCUUUAGAAGCAGCAGAGGUUGUACAGGUCCCUUUAAGUAUCCCCUUGAGCUACUCAGACUGACCUAAACGCAAGCAGGAGGAGACAGCUCGUUGUUCCAAGCGUGGUGUGUUCAUUCUGCCUCUGGCAAUGGGUAUUUGUGAAGGUGGUUCUCAAAGGCCCCUUGGCACCAUGCUGGUAGAAAUGUGCUGCAGGAGGAGGCAUUGUCAGGUCCCAAGGACGUGGCUGUACUGAAGCUUCUCCUUACUGUGGCAUUUCCUCUGGGGUAAAAUAAAUGAAUGAAGCAUAUCUGUCCUGCAGAAGAAAUCUGGGAAGGUAGAUGGGAUUUUAGGGCACAUUUGUGUCUUUCCCUCUGUUCCUCCUCCCUUGUCUUCCUCUCUCAUCCUCUUUCAUGCUAGCUGGGCAGCGCAAUCCUUGGACCCUAGCUGGGAGCGAGGCUUCUUCCCAAUGUUUGGCUGCAGCCAGCCCCUGCUUUCCUCUGCUUGCUGCUUGAGUGGUAAUGCCAUCAUGGGUCUGUGGUUCAGUGACUUACACGGAUCAGCCUGCUCUACCAUGGGACUUAGGAGGGAGGGGAAUCAGAGAAGGGAGGGAGAGGGUAUGUCUCAUCCUCUCCUUUCCAGGUCAAAGUGCCUCCUUGUUGCUGCUGUGUUCUGUUUCUAUUGCUGCACUUUGAUGCACUGAGAGAUUACAGAACAGUGAAAUAAAAGCUGUGUUUUGUGAUGCUUCCAGCUUUUUUCAUAGGCUUGGGCCUAAAGGCAGUUGCCUGUCAUGUCUGGUUACAGGGGGACUUCUCUCAGUCUUCAGGGCCUCCCACUGAGUUCUCAGCUCAAAAAAUAAUGGCAAACCAGAUCAUGGGCUCUGCAGGUGUGGGCAGCAAGCAUCCUGGUUUGAGACUUCAGAUCUUACCUGCUCCACCGGGCUGCAGGAUCAGAGAACUGUUCUUCAAGACACCUUCCUCAGUUGUUACUAUCCUUCCGCAUCACAUACAAGAAGGUCCCUGGGAUGCUGGGGUUCCCCUGGGGAGUCACAGUGGUGUUGGGGAUUUUACACUUGGCAUCAGAAGUUGGAAGGAAGGAAGUAAAGAGAGCCCUUGAUGAGAUCCUUUUCUGUUAGAAGCCAAUGUUAUGCCACUUGAACUAGCAGGAGGAUCUGACCUUCUUUGUGGAAAUCAAAUUUAUACCGUUGAAUUGGCAGUUCUUGCCACCAGUUAAUAACUUCUGAAUCUGUUAGCUGAUUUCACCUAAGUUUUUAAGAAGGUAGGAAGGCUGAGGUGGAACGGUACUGAGAUAAAGAGGGAAGAAUCAAAAACAAAAUAAAAAAUUGUUGCCAGCUGGCUAGCUAUUAUGUUUGUACAGGCCAGCCAGUCAGAAGACAUGAAACUGAAGUACAAAAGACUGUAUUACCUGUCUUGGGAUUGGGAUGACUUGGGAGGAAAUAAAGGUUGAGAAACACUGGUUGGCUGGGGGAAGAUUUGGCCACUGUUGGGAAGGGACCAUGGUUUAUGAGGGUUCUGGGCUAUUAGGGACACAAUACACACAUUCAGGGAAAAACAGCCUUUUUAAAUUCUGCUUGCAGGGGCAAAUGCCAGGUGUAGGGGAGCCUUGCAGUGCUGUGUGAGCAGUUAGCAACCACUGUGGCCUCCUAGCUCUGCUUCAUCGGGGGAGAUGCAAGCUGAUCUUCAAGGGUUGCAUUUGUGUUGUGACCCUUGGAUUCUGCUUUUCUGGAUCUAGUUGUGGUACCCUGUGCAGUCCAGCCUAUUUGCUUUAACUCAGGCCACUUGUACCACUGAGAAGUGAGGAUUUUUUCCAUCUAUUUCUCAGAUGCGUUUGACUUCAGUUUCCUCCAGCACGCACUGCACCUGCUAUCCCUGGGUUCAUGCAGAGACUGCCUACUUACCAUGCUUUUGCUCUAAGUCCUUCCUGCUUGUCCCCUUUGUCCCGCCGUUGCUCAGUUCUGUUUCAGGUUUAUUCCAGUGAGCACUGUCCCUAAAACUCUUGGUAUGGAAACCAAGCAGGUGGUACUGAGGGGACCUACUCGAGGGGCUCGGAGAGGCUGGAGGCCAGGCCUCAGUCUCUGUGGCCCUAGUGCUGUUUGCUGCCUCGGAGGUGCAGUUGGAAAGCACUGCUCCAGGUACGGCACUGUCUGGCUGCUAACAGCUUCUGGUUUACAGACAGCAGCCCGUCGGCCGUGCCUCCUCCCAUGUGGGCACAUGCUGCUGCAGCAUCCCUGCGCUGCUGUUUCUGUUGGGUGAGAAGGCCUUCGGUUUGACAAAGAACUGGGGGGCAGGAGGAAGGGAUCCCUGGGCAUGGAGAACAGAGCUCUAAUCCCGUUGCAGAUAACAUCAUGUCUGUAGGCUAGGCUUGUGUGUGUUUGGGGGAGCUGGAGGGGCAGAGAUUGUUAGGCAGUAUUUGUUUGUAAAGCCACUUGCUCUGAAGAUAAUGCUUGCACUAACUUCUAUUGAGGGAGCAGUGUGAGUCCCCACAAAGUCCUUUCCCAAAGUGUCUUUGAAGCCAAGAACCCAUUGAAAGGAAGAAAGGCCAAGAGAGGGGAUUAGUUUGUUCAGCAGCUGUGAAUUUCAGUGGGAGGCUGAUGAACUCCAAAGUCUUUGUUGAGAUUUUUUUUGUAAGGAGCCCUGCUGGAGGGAGAGACCCACACGGGGGCCGCGGCCUUAGACAAGAAGGAAUCCGAAGCGGCAGGGAGCUGUAAACGGGCCACAAGGACUUUUCCCAAACACUUUUCGGAAAAGGUGUUGUGAAGAGAGCGGAGGGGGAUUAGCAUGUGAAAUGACACUUUCCAUUGACUCCACAGAGGGGAGGGGAAUAGGGCUGGCUGGCUGAUUUAUUAGCAUUUUGUUCCCUUCUCUUUUCUGCUCCCCCAGCAGCCCCCCUCCCCUUGCUCCCCUCCUCCUUGAGCCCUCUAAAGAGGUUUGGAUUGGAAAAGGGAGCGGGGGGCUGCCUGUUUGUGUGUCAUCUGGGCGAAGGUGACCACCUGGGAAGCUGAAUGUAAAUAUUUCUCCUCUGAGGAAUGCGCCUUCAUUAAAGCGAAAUGAAUACAUGGAAGCAUCCAAUCCUGCCACACAAUGGCAGCAGUGCCUUUACUGCCUAGGGCUGCUUUUGCUGGGGAGGGGGACCCCUCCGGGCCCCGACCCGCUGCUGAGGUCAGCACAUUUUGCAGCUGCGGUGUCGCCAUUUUGUCCCAGAGAAAGAAGCAUGCGGCGGUGGGGCCCCUGCUACUAAUGCUCCCUGUGUGCCCCCUCGCUCCAGCAGGCCUGGGGAAGGAUGGGGACGCUGUUCCCCUUCGCCAACAGGCAUCACCCUGCCCGGUGGGCGCAUCCUGGCCUGCGCCACAGUCUUCACAGGGCACUUGUGUGGGGCAAUAGCACACGCAGGGGAGGGAAGGAAACAGCUUCCACAGCUUCCCCUUUUCUUGCUUUUGAAGCUGGCUGUGGAGUGGGGGAGCACGGAGGGACAGCGGGUAGAAGCUGUCCUCUGCCUUGCGGUUGUCCUCAAGCUAGCCUGUGCUGGAGCUUUCCUCUGCUAGGUGACAGGCUCUCUGCAGCUCUUUGCUUUCCUGCCCAAGGAUGUGUCCCCACCCCAGGGAGCAGGGCAAGGUGGUGGAGGAACUGCUGCCAGAGAUGCAAGGGAGACCUGGGGCAAGGUCCUUGUGUUAACAGGAACUUUGUGCAUACAGCUGGUGGCUUGUGUCUGGAGUAGAAGUGUUUCAGCUUUUCCUGAGAAUUGGCCAAGAUAUUUUUUUUUCAGUUUUUGAACUGCCAGAUUCUUGCUUGACAUGAAUACUCUUGCUCUGGUGGGACCUCAGCUUGCCCUAGGUCUGAAUUCCCACCCCCAUCAAAGUAGCCCUGAGAUGAAGGGGAUAUUUUAUAACUGAGACACACAUACAGACUGCUGAGUGUCUUUAGUGUGUCACCUCUGAAAUGGGCACUUGGGCCCCUAUCUGCUCCCCUCUCACCUCCUUUUCUUCUCACAGCUGCACCACAGUUUGAGCUUGCCUGAGGCUGCAUCCAAGAGAGCAAACCCUUUCCUGUCAUGGUAGGGGUGGAGGUGGAGGGAACUGGUCAGCUCUCCUUGUGAUAAACAGAUGAGUAAGUGGCUGUGUUGUAGUCUCCAGAACUAUAACUACAUACAUCUGCACAUGCAAUUGGACAAACAAAACACCCAACACAACAGCAUUUUGCAAGCACUUAGCUACUGAUUUAUUGCAUUGGCUAUUGGUUUACAAAUAUUGUCUACAAGACAGAUCUGAUGGCCAGUAACUUAGCUCUGCUGGCUUCUCGUCUGUCUAAAGGACACUUCAAACAGCAAAGUUGAGUAUAAAUUCAUAGCCUGAGGGAGAUCACUUUGAUGGUGCAGAGUCUUCUCAGAUCCUGCUUCUGAUAGCCUCUUCCCUGCCUACCUCAGCCAUGGCAAGGGAACAGAGAUGAAUCAAGCAAAUCUUCCUGCUGCUUGCUUAGCCUAUAGAGUAUAUACAAUAUGCCGUGGAGGAAAAAAUGUUAUGUAUACAUCACAGUAACUGUGCAAUAAAUUAAACUU